AUGAAGUUGAAUCUUUGUGCUACAUUCCACGUCCUCGCUGUGGUGCCAGUCUUUGGCGCUGUCCUACCGAGACAGGCACCUGGCGAGGCGGAGGGGGUGACAACCAUCACCAGUCCCGGUGGCUCUCAAAUCCGUUUCAAGGAGCCCGGGAAAGAAGGCAUCUGUGAAACUACACCUGGGGUCAACUCGUACAGUGGAUAUAUUGAUAUUGCUCCCGACGUCCACGUCUUUUUCUGGUUCUUUGAGUCACGAAGAGAUCCAGCGAAUGAUCCUGUUACUCUUUGGCUCAAUGGUGGGCCUGGUUCUGACUCUCUCAUCGGCUUGUUCGAGGAGAUUGGGCCUUGCGAAGUUGUCGAAAAUAUGACAACUGUUCUACGAGAUUAUUCGUGGACGGAAAUCUCCAAUGUUCUUUUCCUCUCUCAGCCAGUUGGAACAGCAAAAGGCUUCUCCUACAGCGAGAAGGAGGUAGGGUUUCUAGAGCCAACCUAUCUCAGCGUGGAAAAGAAACCGGCAAACCCCCAGCAGCGGGAGGGCCGCUGGGCAGUCAUCGACCCCACAAAAGAGGAUACAAGCCGCCUGGCAGCCAUAACCUGCUGGGAGGUUCUGCAAGGUUUCUACGAUGCUUUGCCGCAGUUGAGCCCGUCAAACAUUUCCUCCGUUGACUUUCAUCUUUGGGCUGAAUCAUUUGGCGGACAUUGGGGCCCUGCUUUCUACAAUCUAUUCAACGAGAAGAACUCGGAACUUGAGGAAAACCCGGCCAAAGGGCGUAAACUCAACUUGAAAAGCCUUGGUAUUGUGAACGGUAUCGUGGAUGAACACGUCCAAACGCGUUACUUGCUUGACUUUACUCGAGCAGAGAACAACGGCUAUGGCAUUGACCUCAUCAACGACACCAUCUACGAGUAUGGAAAGUGGAACCGAGACCGCCCGGGUGGCUGCCAGGAGAAGCUCGACUACUGUGACUGGCUUGAGCGAGAUUCCAUAGUCCGCCGAUCCGCUUGCUCAGCAGCUCAAUUCAUCUGUCAGUCUGACGUUGAGGGAAUGUUCUACACCUUUAACCUCGAGGGCCGCGGUACUUACGACAUUCGUUUCCGUUCAGGAGAGGAUGUUCCCCCCAACUACUGGCGACCAUAUCUUAAUACCGGUCCAGUCCAGAAUGCACUUGGUGUUGACCUCAACUACACCUCAAACAAUCUCCUCUACACAGCCUACACUUUAUCUGGAGACUUCGCAGUGGGGUACCUUCCAGAUGUUGAGAAGUUGCUAGAACUUGAUGUACAAGUUGCCCUUGUCUUUGGAGAUGCAGAUUACAUUUGCAACUGGAUAGGUGGCGAGGCCCUUUCUCUUGCGGCUGAGUGGUCUGGGGCUGAAAACUUCCGUGAUGCCGGCUAUACUCCUCUAAUGGUUGAUGGGGUUGCAUAUGGCGAGACUAGACAGUACGGCAAGCUGAGUUUCACUCGUGUCUGGAAUGCGGGGCAUGAAAUUCCUUAUUUCCAACCUGCGGCUUCCUUCCAAAUUUUCAACCGAACUACCAACCGCUUCGAUAUUGCGACUGGAGAAGUUGAAAUCACUUCUGACAGCACUUUCAAGACCAACGGCACUGCUAAAACGACGAAGACAACCACUCUACCUCCCUUGCCAGCCAAAACUGAAGCUUAA